UAUUUUUAUUUUUAUCGAUACAAAAGCACAUUAUGCACAAUUUUUAAUUUUAGAAAACAAAAAAUGACAAAUACAUUAAAUUAUUUCAAUCUCUUGGGCAGUUUGAAGUUCGAACACGCUUUGAAAAAAGAGAAUUCGGCAGAGCCAAUCCUCUCAAGCGGUCUUCAAACCAAUUUGGAAACAUUGGAGCAAUUCAUAACCCUAGACAUAAAUCAGCAAUUACAAGAGCUAUGCUCUCAGUACAAGUUACCUGCUGAUCAGGCCGAAUGCAUUAAAUUGCAAGGACAACCACAAUAUAGCUACAUUGUGCGACUCUCUUAUGUCCUCCACCUAAUCAUAACAAACACAAAAUUUGAUAGCGAUGCCAAGGAGGAUUUAAUAUCGGUGGCCCAUCUCAAGCUAUGCAUACAAGCUGUUCAGGAGUUGUCCUACUACGCUUUGCGUUGCCAAUUAUCCAAAGAUUUCUACAAAAUAAGUUUUCCCCGCGCUACUUACCCUGAAAAGUCGCCGAAUCGGGAAUUGCUGUGGCUAAGCGUUCAAUUAUUUAGGCAAUUGAUGCAUGUAAGACAAUUUCACAUUGCCGAUUCUAUGCACAUGGUACAACGCGAUCUAUUGUCUGCCAUUCUGAGUUUGGAUGAAGAUCAACCGGAUUUAAGUAUUGCAAAUCUUAGUAAAGCGGACUUCAUUUCUCUUUUGUUGCUGCUAAAAGCAACUGGCCAGAUGGAGCCACAUCGAGAUAAAAUUGUGCAUCAUACAUUAAUCAGACAGUUGAAUUCCCCUCAUGGACUUGAGAGUUUAAUAGAAUCUUUGCGUCAGCAGUCACAAAAUGAUAACCCAAAUGUCCUUGCCGAAAUCGUGGCCAAUACGAUUAUUCGUUCAUGUCGAAGUCAACAAAAUCAAAAAAUGAAAAUUUUCGAAGCUUUUGAGUUUUGCUCAAAAUGCUUAAAGCAGGAUAUGGAUGAUUUCGAAGUAGGAUCUUUAACUCUACGCCGUCUCUACGAUCAAAAUGUUGAAAAUCAAUCAAAGAUCAAAGAUAUAAUGGCCAAACAAUGGGAGAUUCUUAUAAGCCCAAAAGAUUUGCUUACUGGUGUGAUUUUGCAAGAGCAUGAUGAAUUAUGCCAUCUCAUUAGAAUGUGGUAUCACAUCUUUUGUAGCUCCACAGUUGCCUGUUUGCCCAGUAGUUUGCUUAUAAGUUACUUGCCCCUUCUUCUGCGUCUCUAUGAUAGUUUGCCCUUGCAGUUAAAUGAACGUAAACAAAUUUCAGCAUUAAUUAUUCGAUGCCUAGAUAAUAGAGAGACGCGUGAGGAAUUACCUGACCUUUUGAGGAAACUAUUCAACUGGGAUAUAAUAGAAAGUAAAGAAAGCAAUUGGUUAAAUCUUCAUCCUCGUAUACUGUUAGUGCCUGCUUUGGAUGCAACUAAAAUAGUUGUGAAAAUGGGUCCUACCAAUCCCGACGAUCAUCACUCAAAACGAAAUUUAAUUAAGAUCCUUGGCGAAAUAUUACUAACCAAUUCAAAUCACUCACUUACCUGUAAUGCAUUUCUGGCUCUUCUUUCACAUUUGGGGGACCUUCUCAAAGAUAAAGCUUCCUCCGGCAUUGAUUUUAUUUCCACUGAAGAGGAAUUGGAAUUAUUUCUAUAUGCCACAUACAAUUCAAAACUGGAGUUGCUCUUGUUACUCAAUCAAAUGGUGGCCCAUAAGCCUCUACGUUCGCAAAUUGCACUGAAUGGUAAAGAAUUCGUAAAACUAAUUGAAAAGUUAUUACAACAACGUUUGGACUUGCAAUCUAAAGACUCUGACGAUCAAAUAUUGUUACUUAUACUCAGUUUACUGCAAGAAGUUUUGGAUAAAAGUGAAGAUUUACUUAUUGCCGGGCAUUUCAAGCGACUGCAAGAGCAAUUGCAACAGGUGAAAAUGCAGUCAUCGAAUCUGUUGAUUCAACAAUCCGUUGAAACUCUUCUCAGCCAGUUACAAGGCAUUUGGAGUCCAACUGAAACGUACAAGUCGGAAGCAUUCAAUAGAGCUCGCUCGCUGAUUGAGGAAAAGGAAUCACAUUUGCAGGUCUAUGGGAUUCAAUUGCUGUUAAAGCUAUUGCAUCAAAAAGAUCCCACAACCAUGACCAAGGGUCAUCUGAUAAUAGCGUUAGCUUUAGCCACUCUUAAAGAUAAGGAAUCGUAUACAUUUCUCAAUUGUGUGCGUCUAUUUGUGGUCCUAACCCACACAAUGGAAGCUGAAGUAAUGGACAAAUUAAGCGAUGAAUAUCUAUCGGAAUCAUCUGAUUUGGAUUAUCGUCUAGUAGUUGGUGAAGCUAUACUCAAAUCAGCACAAGAGUUGGGACCGCUGUGCUAUCGCUAUAAGGCAGAACUUCUUAAUGGCUUUAUGCUUGGUUGUCGUUCCCAUCAGCCAGAAUUCCGCAUGUCAUCGUUUGCCAAUCUGGCGCAAUUGUGCCGCAUUUUGGCCUAUCAAGUGCACAAUUUCUUUCAAGAGCUACUUCAACUCAUCAAUGCGGAAUUAAAUCUAACCGAUGGCUACCUACCCUCCAAACGGGCUGCUGUUUUGGUUUUGGCCGAACUUCUAAAUGGCAUGGAAAAUCUCUUGGACUACCAAGAGAUGCUGUUGCCAAUCUAUCGCCUUUUAAAGGCUAUUGAAGCAGAGGAAUCGGGUGAUCCACAAAUGCGUCAACAUGCAUCAAAUGGUUUAAAAAUCUUGAAUGAAAAAUGUCGAGAUUUAAUCAAAUCUGUGAUCGAUCAGCAGUCUUUGGUAAAGGAGAUCCAAAUUUUGGGCAUUAAUGAUAAGCCAAAGACGGGAAAGAAAAGUAUAUUGGAAUUAAAUUAGAUAAAGCAUGA